GAUGAAGAUACCUGGUGCAUUUGCGCUGUUGCUCUCGACGCAUUUCGUGGCUUAUGGAGCGACGACGGCCAUCAUCCGUACGUACAAUUAUUAAAAUGUAUAGCGUAAUAUUUUCUCUUUAAAUUGUGAAUUUUCGACUCGCAACGCAGCGACGAAUGCUUUUUACUGUGUGUUUUUUUCUGCGUGUAAACAAAUUUUCUACGAGGAAUCUCGCUUUGACCUUCAGGUGUACCAUCUUUGACGAACGCAAACUUUGCUUAGUCGGUACAUGAUACAGGAAAUUUUAAUUUUUCGGAGUUUUCUUAAUCAUCGAGAAAAACUAGAAAAGAGUAAAAUAUUGGAAAAUUUUCUUAAAAAAAUAAAAUAAAAAUGUAUUUAAGUUUUGUUAUUUUAGUUGCAAUUGUGUAGAAAAUACUCGUGAGAAUCUGACAUUUAUACAAAAUAUUUAUAUGAGCAUUGUCUAGACGCGGUAAAAUUGUCAACACGUAUUGACGAUCAAUCCAUUUAUUUGCAUUUCAUAUUUUCUAGUUUUUUUUUUUUUUUUUUAAUUUUUACUUGGUUAUAUGCGGAUAAAAUAUUGUUUUGACCGAACAGAAAUAAUUGGAUAAUUUAUACCGAAUUUUAAUAAGUUUUAUUCAAUAGUAGGAAAAAAGGGUUGAGCGUAUUAGUUUCUUUUUGAUUAGCGUCUUAAGUAAAACUGUUGACAAAAAUCGUAAAAUCAAGUAAUUUAAAAAUUAUAUUUAAAAUCUAUAGUAUUACUAAUUUUGUAUUACUUUUAUUUUAACGCACACAAUGCAAAAGCCUAUUAGCUAUAAGAAAAUUCUUCUUUAUUCUUUUGUAUUUGAGUUUACAUUUAACAUUUUAGGUUCUGAUGAGUAUAACGAAAAAAAUGUUAUUAUUAUAAAGAUGUGUUUAUCGUAAAUCGCAUUUUUAUUUCAAAUUCUUCAUUUCAUGUCUCUUUUUCGCCCGAUGAAUAGUUGUUUCUUAUUUGAACAAAUUAUCAAAAUUCCCGAUACUUCUUCCAAAAUGUUGCUUUUUUUGAUGUGCGGUUUUUAAGUCGCUUUUUUGGCGGGUAAAAAGCUCAGAUAUUUCCACUCACUAUUUUAAAAUAGUGAGUUUAAAAUUUUAAAAUUUUACUUUAUUCAAAUUUCAAAUUCCUAUAUAUAAAAAAAAAAAAAAAAAUACUAAAAUAAACUUUUUUUUUUUCACCACAAAUUAUGAUUAAUAAACCUUCCAUUAAAUUUCCGAGCAUUUCUGUUAAGUUAACGAUUGAACUACAUACCAAAUACUAGAUACCAAAUACAAAUUACGUACAAAACUUGCAAAAAUUAAAAUGUCUAUAGAUAUCUAAAAAACUGACUUGAAUUUGUUGAAAAAUCGACCACGUCUAGAAAAGGUAAACAUAAGUUUUGUGAAAAUCGAAAAACGACUUCUCAAAAGUACCAUCUGGACACUAUUUCCUUUCGGGAAUGGUGCCACGCGUAUGUAUCGGAGCAAAAUUUCCGGUAGAAUUUUCUUACACGGUAUAAGAGAAUUAAACAUCACAUAGUAAAACCAGUACACUCGUCGUCCCACUCGGAAUUUAAAAUAUACUACGGUUGUUAUAAUUUUAAAUCGACGAAAGUAUUUAUGUAUAGUUUUAUUGUUUUUUUUUUUAAUUUCAGCGGACCGACAUUCGUUAUUGGAUCGACACGGAGACCGUACAAAUAACGAUGCCGGUCUGAUGUCGCGCGGGACAUCGACGUCGUACGACGGCAACGAUAACAAUGGGUUCGGCCACAUUGCGGAAUGGCCCGAAUACAAAAACGCGGAAACCCCUGCGGACGGCAAUGAACGCUCUGUCGACGGAGGUGGAAAUUCGUACGGGGACAACGUCAGGCCGACCGACGCAGACCAACCGGUUGUCGGCCGAUCAGCCGAGUCUUUCGGGUCUGACGCCGGGAUGGCGAGCGGCACGCAGGACGAGAUUGGAAACGGGAACGGCGGUGUCGGCGGUCCGGUCCCGCGCGGAUCCAGUGUUAUUAUGCGCAAAAUCGCUGCGUUGGACGCGAUAGUAGCCGAACAAUACGGACGCUGCAACGGCGCCGCGCUAUUGGACUUGGACGACCCGUUGCCCGUCAAGAAGUCGACGGUGAAAAUUACCAAACACAAUUUCGUGCACUUUCACGGCGCCGAAUUGCGCGACUUGAAACACGGACGUUUGGAAUAUCUGUCCGUUAACCCGGCAAAGGAUACCGUUUACGUCGAAUGCGCGUUCGAAAACCUCCGUGUCAACGGUACGUACACGACGAAUUUGCCGCGUAAUGGGGGCCGUUUCGCCGUCGACGCGGACGCGGUUCGCAGCAAAGUGUCCGCCAGCUUCCGUCACCGCGGCAGAGGACCGGCCGUCAGCGCGGCCGUAUCGGCCACGGUGACCGCGGAAGCGGACGCCGCGAACGAUCGGGACGCCGCCGCCGCCGCCGACGCGGUUAACGAGUCGUUGGUCGCCGGAAAGUACCGGCGAGUCUUGGAAAAGGCGAUCGCCAAACAAGUGUACGACUCCACGUACAAGGGCAUGGUGGCCCGGCUCAAGGCCGAGAUGACGACCCCGGCGUUCGCAGUCGCCGACGACGACCGCUUGACGGGAUUCCGCGAUUUCAACUGGACCGACGGCGACCUGAGCGCGCGCAUGUUCAACAUCGGCCCGCGGCAGUCUUCGCUGACGCGCGUCCAGCAGACAAUCGAUUCCGUGUCGUACACCCGCGGGCGCGCGGAUCGGAACGCGUACGAAUUGCGGUUUGACGUGAUCGUCGAAGGGCUGAAAUGGACCGGUGACUUGACCGCCACGCUCGCCGGCCAACCAGCCCGAGCCCUGUCCGUCGAAUUUAGCGUCGCAAAGCCCACGCGAAUCCGUUUCGCCGUGUACAAGUCGUCUGCCGACGGCGGCGGCCGUCCAGAGUGCCGCCGCGUCGAGACGGACGUCGAAAUCGACGAUCUCCGGUACGAGUUGCCCGAGAAAUUUCCCGCGUCCGUGAAGUCGGCCGUCCGGAGUAAAUUGCCCGGUUUCGUUCGACAAUCGCUCGUCGCCUGUGCGGAAAACGCGUUCAAACGGGAAGUGUGCAACGACCGGACUACCAAUAACUAG